UCAACACGCACGAACAAGUUCACACAACCCACCGAGUAAUUUUCUUCUAACCUUCACCUUGUCGCCUUCGUCAACUUACCUCCUCCGACCGUCGUCACUUUACCGCCUCCGGUCAUCGCCCCGUUUCCAGCUCCGGCCACAUCUAAGCAGUUAAAGUUAUCAAACACUGGAAAAUGAGUGAAAAAUCACUUUAGAGAAUCCUGAUCCUGAUUUUUACACAGAAACCUUAAUUCUGAAACCAUUGCGAAAUAGAACAAGCAUUGCACUUUCCUUCGGAACCAUGAAACUAUUCAAUCAUCUCCGUAACCUAAACAGCAUCACCACUCACCACCACCGCAUUCUCCGCAAUCGAUUUCAUCCUCUUUUCAACAACAUCAAGUUCUUCUCCGAUUCUUCUUCAUUGCCUCAACAGCAAACUACUACACAAGCUAAACAACAACCUUUGCAUUCUUCCUUGAAUCGCAAUGAACUCGCCAAGUUUGCUUCCAUUGCUGAAACCUGGUGGGAUUCAGAAGGCCCUUUUAAACCAUUGCAUGUGAUGAAUCCAACAAGACUUGCAUUCAUUCGGUCUGCACUGUGUCGACAUUUCAAGAAGGACCCUUACAGUGCUAAACCCCUUGAAGGACUUAAAAUUGCUGAUGUGGGUUGUGGAGGUGGAAUUCUUUCCGAGCCAUUGGCUCGGAUGGGAGCUACUGUGACGGGUAUUGAUGCUGUGGAAAAGAAUAUCAACAUUGCUCGACUUCAUGCUGAAUUGGAUCCAACAACUUCAACUAUUGAGUUUUGUUGCACAACAGCUGAGAAGCUAGUUGAAGAAGGAAGACAAUUUGAUGCAGUCAUGGCCUUGGAGGUGAUCGAGCACGUGGCAGAACCUGCAGAAUUCUGUAAAUCUCUAUCAGCAUUAACAGUUCCAGAUGGAGCUACCGUCAUAUCGACUAUUAAUCGUUCGAUGAGAGCCUAUGCAACAGCCAUUGUUGCCGCAGAAUACAUCCUCCGCUGGCUCCCAAUGGGCACACAUGAGUGGUCCAAAUUUCUUACUCCAGAGGAACUAGUUCUGAUUUUGCAACGCGCCGGGAUCAAUGUGGAGGAGAUGGCAGGAUUCGCGUACAACCCAGUGACGGGAAGAUGGUCUUUAUCAGACGAUAUAAGCGUCAAUUUCAUUGCCAUGGGCACCAAAACAAACAAAACUGAAUAGAAUAGGAUAGAUACAAAAAAUACUUAGACCUUACUAUUUAUUUAUUUGUAAGAAUAACAUUACAUUUGUCUUGAAUGAAUAAACAACCAUUGAAAUUAAAAAAAACAGGGUUUCACUCA